AUGAUGCCACGUAUCAACGAAGCACACAUGGGUAAGCCAUACCGCUAUGCAUAUGGAAUGCAUGCCGUUAAGCCUGGAUACUUGAGCGAUUCCAUCAUCAAGAUCGACACUGAGACCAAGAAGACCAAGAUGUGGGUUCCUAAAAAGAACCAUCUCCCCUCUGAGCCAAUUUUUGUCGCACGUCCUGGCGGUAAAAGCGAGGACGAUGGUGUCUUGCUGACAGUAGCGAUGGACACGUCCGUGAAGCUUAGUUCAAUGGUGGUUAUCGAUGCCAAGACUAUGACUAUGAAAGAGAUCGACAGAGCCAGGAUGCCAGUAGUGAUGGGAUAUAGGUUUCCCGGAAUCUUUAUCUAA